CAAAAGAAGCUAGAGGAGAAAAAGAAGAAGAAAGUGUUUCCACGUGAUAACAAGGAAUGGGACAAAUUUGAUGAUGCAGAAAUUAAGGCAGCUGUUGCAGAAGAAAAGAGCAUGAGUAGGAAAACAAAAGUGAAAGGAGUUUCCUUAGACAUAGACUCAACAGGAAUGAUUAAGGAGGAGAAAAAUCUGAAGGAAAAACGAAAUAAGGCUUUCAAAUCGCAGGACUUUAAAGAAGCUGUAACUUACAAUACCCGCAGUAUAUCGUUUAUGGCCACUAUCUGUGAUUGUAACAGUCUUCUCAACAUGGUAGACAAUAUGAAAGCACUGAUAAGAUGUGGAACAGCUUACAAAAGAAAACACAACUUCAAGAAAGCCUGCAAGGAUCUUGAGAAAAUGCUGAAGCUGGAACCAACUAAUAAAAAAGCUGAGGAUCUGUUAAAAGAAACAAAACAGAUAAGUCCAAAGUUGAGGCUGAUGCCACCCUAUCUCCAUCUUCCAAACUUAAAGCAACCAGAUGCUGAUGAUGAGUGUAAAUCAAAUUACAGUUCCAAUGAGGUGUCCAAACAGUCCCCUUCAUCUGAUCUGACCGAGUCCAUCAAUAUUGUUUCAUCCUUUGGUACCGGUCAAGAUAAUCAGGUCAAAUUAGAUCAGAAUUAUGCAUCCAGUCAUCAAGAUAAUCUAGUAACUUUAGAUAGUUCUUCGGCAUUGCCAUCUGCUGUCCCUCUGUCUGUGAAGACAAGUGCCUUAUUUGCUGAAACAUCUGAUAGCUCAUUGUUAAGAUCACUACCACAGGAGGGAACCAGCUCAUCCUCAUCAAAACCAGAAGUGUCUUUCAGUCUCAAUGACUCAAUAGCAGAAACAACACAGGCAGCAUCACAAGUGACUUCUGACCCUACAGCACCCAGCAGGGAAAGUCACACACCACAUCUUCAGUUUGUACAGCUGCCCUUGCCAUCUGCAGUCUCAGAUCUGAAGGAGAAAGGAAACCUGUUCCGAAAUUCUGAUCAGCGUGUGAACCUGUCUGUGCUGUUGAGCAAUCUUGUUGUGUGCCAUCUGAAGACAGGAAAUUUGAGUCAGACUGCACUUAGUCCCUUCAGCUGGUACCACACGGAAAAAAAAUAUGCAGAAGCUUUUGUUGACUACAAACAUGUGAUAGGCCUUGAGGCAUCUGCUGAUCAAGCAGACCAGGAAAAAUGUGGUCUUGUGUCAUGGCCUGAGAAGAUACCACCUUUGGUGCUUGUCAGGGAUUGGGAAGUACCUGUGUUUGUUGAUCAGGCUGGCUUGAGUAGAUCAAUGUCUUCAACAGUAUCUUUAGUUGAUAAUGAUAAACAUUGUCAACCAGACGAAACGCCUACCACCACUAUCAUCUACAGUAGCAACGCUCCCAAACCAGAGACUGUUGUAAACCAGCGUAGCAAAGAGCAGGAGUUUGACAGUCUGAAGGCCAGAGGAAACCAUUCCAAGAAGCUGUCAAAUGUUACAGUACCUGCAUCUCUCUGUCCUGACCAGGUGGCAUGUUUUACGAAUAAGAGCACUAUGUUACCUAAAGCACUGGGUCUACAAUCUAACAACCCCAGAGCACUGUACAGGAGGGCCUUGGCACGAUCUCAAGAACUGCUCAAGUUGGAGCCAAAGAACUCAGCAGCUCAGAAGGAGAUUGACACUGUCAAGCUGCGACUGCUGAAAGCUGAAAAAGAAUCAAAGGUUAGGAAGAGGCUACAGCAAUCAGCCAGCAGCAAAUCCAAAAUUAGCAUUUCGGACAAGAAGCACAACAAUAAUGUUGGCAAGAAACAAUCUCAGGCACAGGAAGCACCCACUCUAGGCCAGCCACUGGCUCCUCCCACUGCACCACGUCUGAUGGAGACAACACCAUAUGAGUUCCGCCAAGCCUGGAACUCGCUGAAAUCAUGUCAGGUCAUUAGCAACAAACUUGAUGGGCAAAUGUUGCAGAUCAUUGUGCGUUGUGUCUAUGAACGGAUGGUACUUAAAGAUCUUGGACAGACUGUGCUUGGUGCCCAGAUCUUGGACAGACUGUGCUUGGUGCCCAGAUCUUGGACAGACUGCUUGGUGCCCAGAUUUUCCACUGUGUCCAUGUUUAUGACCAACAUCCUGUCAAGAACUGCUUCCAGUGCCUGGACAGCUGCUGCUAUUGUUCAACUGAAGAAAGAGUACUCUGUGAAAUAA